AUGGUUGCUACAAAGCUGAUUGCCUUUGUUGCCUUUGUGAUGCUGAUUACCUUACUGGAGCAGAUCAAAUCAGGAGUCCAUGCAGGGCGCAUGACCAAAGCUAAGAGAGGAGGCCGAGUUAAAGUGAUCCAUACAGGUCCGCGUGUUAGGAAGCUCAAGAAAAAAGUGGAAGAAUUGAAAAAGAAACUAGCCUCUAUGGAGCCUUGUGAACGUAAGAAACAUUUUACUUCACAGUAUUAUUCUCUGUAACCAAGUAACCUGAAAACAAAUGAGACUUUAUAUCCUUUCUUUGCGAACAUACACUGGAAUCAAAGGCGAUUUUAGGUGACACGGAAUCAAUCGGGCCGCUGUAAAUUAUGGGUUCCAGCUAUAAUUUAACAAACUAUUCCAUAAUAACAUUCUUUAACUUUCCUAUAAUAAUUCACAUGCAGAUUGUUAGCAGUCUGAGAAAGUCUCUUAUAUCAGCAAAUGCAAUAAAUAAAUAAAUAUAUGCAUGAAACGGAUCAUUGCUGGUCCCUUAAAGAAUUAGAAUGGCGAUCCCGCAACACUGGCCUCGGCACAAAUUAACAAAAUUACACAGUUAAGAUGACCUCUCCCUCCUAGAAUUAACCAACUAGUUAGCACAUAAGAUUUAAAUAGCAUGAUCUGUGUGGUAUCAAACAAGGUGUACCCCAGCCUCCACCGCAGUGGGGAUCACCCCGAUUGAAUAUAGUUGGAAUACUAAACAAGGAAGGAAAACUCAAUUUUUAAUCAACCUUUGUUUUGAUUUCCCUUAAAAAAGGACUCUUUUUUGAUUGAAAACGCAUAAAAUUGUGCCUGAGUAAAACAAAGUGGGUCUAGGACUCCGCGGGUAACAACGGCAGUUUCAGUUUUCAAACGAGUUUAACUUUAUUAAAAAAACAAAACAAAGCAAAACUUUCAGGGCUUUGCAUAAAAUUUCUCUCGUUUGCCUUUGUGAAACCACAGCCUGGCAUCUGCAAACAUUGAUCUCACUACGCUGGGUUACCUGAGAUUUUCUUAAUUUGCAGUAUGGCAUGUUUCUUUUUUAUAGCUUGUGAGUCAGCCAAAACAGAGGGUUUCCUGUUUGAUAGUCAUACAAUGACUGACUACCUUGAAGUUGAAGUUGAAGGCUUGAAUAAGCGAUUCGAUGAAUUAACUUCAUGCACCUGGGUCAAAUUUAAAUAUCCUUCUUUGUUUUCUGAGAUUGUUGUCUGCGCUCUUGGCUAUCAGUUUUGCUUUGGCCGACGAUCUGACAAGCUUUACAUGGAAAUGGGAGGUGCAUAUAGGUAAUGAAAAAUUUUUGUUGUGGUCUUAACUAUGAAUAAUGCUGUUAUUUGAAGGUCAAGUCAUUUGCAUGUAUUUUUGUGAGUUUACAUGUGAUUUGUCAUUUGUUACACUUUGUCAUAGACGUCUGUUGAGUUCUCGUCGACAACAUGUUCAGAUAUUGGACAGAUUAUGGUCAUGCAUACACAUGAGAACCUAAUGUCCCCCUCCCUUUAGUACUCAAAGAAUGCUGUACAGGCUGCAUUUCAUGUUUAACUUAGGAACAUUUCUACACUGAACGUUGAUAAUAUAAACAGUUCAAGACUAACAACUACGUCGGACCCUUUAUGCAUGAGGAGAUCGUUCAGGCAGCCUACGAGGAUCAAACCAUAGGCUAGGGGGUGUCUUUGGAGAAGAACUUUAAGCGCACGUCUAAGCGGUUGUCUCUGAAAAUUCUUCCUAGUAGUCUAGUAUGUAUGGGGAGAACAAAGAUAUAGAUCCAUACCUUAGGUGCUUGGAAUGCUUGAAACAGGUUUAAGAAAAUGGAGAAAAUGCAACAAUCACCUCUGUCAAGAAAGAGGAGGCAGUCGCGCAUGAGUUGUUUCAGCGAUAAGCCUUUAAAUUGGAAAAAAAAAAUUAGUUGUUUUAAUAAUUUGGUAGCUUACGGUAGGAAAUGUUCACUUAUGAAAGUUGGUCGCACAUGGUGACUCGCUCGUGUGUUGCACACUGACAAGUGUAUUUGUACCCACUAGAACAGGAUGAAAUAUUAGAAGGUACUGCCAGUACAGUUCUGUGGCAUGUUUUGUCAAUCAAUCUACGGAUGUAAACGGUGGGUUUCGUUUUAGGCUAAGGCGAAGAAUGAGAAGACUUCGAAAGAGCUAACAUCUAGAAGUUGCAAAGUAACUGACUCAAAUAAUAAACCAAGUUUAUUAUAUCAACGCCAAAGAAAUAUCUCGUAAAACAUGACAUCUUCACAUGUGAAAAUAACCUGUUAUCUUCACACGUGAAAAGGUCACCGUGGCUAUGACUACAUAAUAAAUCACACCUUUCACAGCAAAAACUAUUAACUGAAAUGGUUUGGUAUUUCAUUAGUGUUUAUGCAAUAAACAGAACAUUAUGUGGCAGUUUGGAGAUACGAAAUUUCUCUUCUCGUACUGAAAAAAAAUAUUUCACUCGUUCACUGCGCUUACUUGAGAAAUAUUUUUGUAACUUUCGAAGGGAAAUUUUUUAUCACCUAGCGACCAUGUAAAUAUCCUCUAUGUAGCUCGCAUUACCAACUUUUAGUUUUGAAUGUUUUAAUAGCACUUUCAAUGGUUUCGUACGUUUUAACGAGUGGACCAACUACUGCGUAACAAUGGAUAUAGACGGAUGGGAGGUGUACGUAAAUGGAACACGCAAGAAGUCUUUUCUUGAUCAAGGUGACUUGCGUUUCUUUGAUUCUAAGAACUUUAACAUAGUGACAUAUAAUGAUAAUGUCUAACGAGGAUGAUGAUGAUGAUGAUGAUGAUGAUGAUGAUGAUGAUGAUGAUGAUGAUGAUGAUGAUGAUGAUGAUGAUGAUGAUGUUGAUGAUGAUGAUGAUGAUGAUGAUGAUGAUGAUGUUGAUGAUGAUGAUGAUGAUGAUGAUGAUGAUGAUGAUGAUGAUGAUGAUGAUGAUGAUGUUGAUGAUGAUGAUGAUGAUGAUGAUGAUGAUGAUGAUGAUGAUGAUGAUGAUGAUGUUGAUGAUGAUGAUGAUGAUGAUGAUGAUGAUGAUGAUGAUGAUGAUGAUGAUGAUGAUGAUGAUGAUGAUGAUGAUGAUGAUGUUGAUGAUGAUGAUGAUGAUGAUGAUGAUGAUGAUGAUAAUGAUCAUGUUAAUUUUGAAGAAUGAGGCCGUUUUAGGGCCUGUUUACGUGGAGUUGGGGGACCCCAGAUAGCUGAGGUAACAUGUGGCUGGUCACCCCACCAAUCAUGUAAAGGUGAUCAAAUUAAAAAUCAAGAUUAUAUGGACAGGCGGGUUACCCCACCUAAGCGGGUUACCUCACCUACCUGGGGUUCCCCACCUCAUUGUAAACCGGUCCUCAGAUCAUCACACUCAAGUGAAUUCAAAUGCCUUUACGCCCAAUCAAUGAUAUUAUUGCACGAAGAUCCACCCAUGCAGAUUCUCCAACAAAGAGUGUUACUUGGCAUUCUCCCAUUCCAUCACCCUUAAAGUGAAGUUAUAUUUACCUUGUGGUUGGGCGAAAGUCUCGAGGAUUAAGGAGCCUAGAAAGCUGCUAUUGUUUAUAUUCAAGAUCGAGGUUUUAAUACUUUUGCAGUUAAUAUGAAUAAACUAUUUAGUUAACAAAACAAAAUGGACCAUUUCUUUUGGCAAGAAAUCCGCACUUUUGUCCUUUAGAUUUUGAUUUUAAUAUUUGAUUUCCAGUCCCAAACGUUAGUGGUACUUUAGAGGAAUAGGUCCUUGGAUGGAGUAAGACUCUGUAGGACUCGGCAAGAACAUAAAAAUAACCCCGGGCUUCUCGAUCCUAAGAAAUAAGCACUAAACAACUGACCAUCACACCCCAACCAUCAGCCAUAUGGAUGAUAGGUAAAAGGGGAGUAUUGGUUUUGUAAAUGUAUCCAGAGAUUUCUGACCAGAAGCUGUUGUCUACCGGAAUUCUAGAAAUUGUGAGCUGAAUUUGGAUCAUGGGAUAUUGUAGAGCAUGAUUUAAGUUAUCAAGUCUGUUUCUUUGAGUUUGUCGGGUACAUUUUAACAACCUUCGGAGAAUCGUUACAUUCAUUUGGCAACGAAGAUGAUUUAAUACGUGAAAAAAUUAUAAUCGAGAAUAACAAGAUGCCAGUACUGAACUGGAACAGCUGAGGAAAAACAAUUGACUCAACCGCGUAUCAUCGUCCAGUACGGACUUUAAGAUCGGUCAAUACGGUCGUCUGGGAUGGUUGGAUAUUGUCACGUCACGCAAAACACGCGUGACCUUUUACCGUCGUUCUUCUGGGACGGUAUGUUUUCGCCGGGUUUCUCAUCGUAAUAGCCCGCGAACGGUAGACUUUUCUCCUCGCUUAUCGCCGCUGAGGGACGUUUCACGAGGAGGAACGUCUGCGCCUCAGCGACAGAAAUUCCAUACUGAUGACGCAAAAUCUGUGCGGAAUCCGGUCAGAAGCGCCAAUUGGUCGAAGGAGUAGUUUCAUAGUUUUAGCUAUUGUUUACCAAUGACAGACAAAAGACAAAAAGCCACAAAGGUCAAAUGUAAACGCGAUGAAUCUCUAACAAAACCGUCAAUAUUUGUGGAGUAUAGUCUUCUCUAGAAGCAACAUUUGAGUUUUGCUGGAGCUCAUUCGCAGAUGAACACAACACUUUUCCAAAAUCGUUAUUAAUGUUUAACCAACAAUUUGUUGUUGUUGUUGUUGUCUUUUUUAUUCUACCUCAAAAUCUGCUGCAGUCACUUUUUCAAGCAGUCAGAUAUCGUAAAAAAAUCACGCUUCUGUCUCUUCGAUAUUGUGCGUUGAGUCCUAAAAUUGCAGUACACCGAUUUAAGUGAUAUAGCCAAUGUUGUGAGAUCUGUCAUCAUUGUGACUAACUAGUCUGCAUUUAAACUUAUGAAACCUUCUUUUGGUCGGUCACUUUUUGAGCGCUAAGGUGUCCCCUGAAUGGAUGUUGAACCCGGGUUUUAGGGCCCAGAAAUAGUGUCCCUUUCGCCAGAAGGUAACAAUUAAAAUUUUUAAAGGACCACAUUUUGUGACCCCUGACAUAAUUUCCUUGAAUAGGGGUUCCUUUGUAUCGCUAUAACUCUUGCUUCCAGCUGUAGUUGCUUCAAGAACCUAAAAGAUUACUCUGAUAUAAAAUUCUCAAAUUAAUUAACCCUUCUUUUUACAUAGGAGUGUCUGUCAUCUUCAAGGAAGGCAAAAUGGUAUAUGGGCAGAAAUACGCGGACAGUUACGGAAGCAGUUUUAAUCCGCAAAGAAGCUUCGUCGGCGAAAUGGCGGGCAUCAAUUUCUGGGAUCGUAAGCUGAGUGAUGCAGAGAUAUCAGAAAUGUCCAAAUCAUGCAAGUCCGGGAAGGGCAACAUUUUUAGCAUGGUUGAUUUAAAGGUCAUGGGGGGAGUAAAGAAAAUCCCUGCCUCUUGUUAAACUGGCCACCAUUUUGGAUUAUUACGAAGCCCUUGGGUCAGCUGUAGGGAAGCUGGAGCGAUUAUUUUGGGUCUUUGUAUCAAUCGUCAAUCAGCCGUUUUACUAUUCUUAUUUACUUCUUUGAAGUUGGCUGCUGAAAUUUCUAGGGGAGUACCGAAAUUAUUAGUUAUAAUAAGUGAACAAACUGACACAAACCCUGAAUCACUGAGGCCAACAAACAGCCAACACGAGACAUUUACGAAAGUUUCAGCUGUUUGCCGGUAUAACCCAUAAAGUAACAGAGUAAAUGGCAUUAACCUUUACUUUAAAAAAUAAAAAGCAAAACCGAAGGUGAAGAAUUGACUAAAAAAGGCAAUUAUUGAAUGCCGAAUAAUGCCUUUAUCAUUAUUAUUAAUUUUUUUGUUUGAUUGGAGUGGCCCUUUUGAAUAACUGAAGACAAAACAGGCUCCUAUUAAACACAGUUGACCCAGGCUAAGUGAUAAUGCCAAAGUGAGAAUCCUAAUAUGUAUAAUUACAGUGU